ACUGAUGUUGGCAUAGAAGUUUUACAUCGUCUUUUAUCCCAUGUGAUCCAUGGCCCAAGGGAACAGGUUGGAGUUGGGGAUGACCAAGUAACAGCCUUCCUGGAAACAUUGAAGAAAGGUUUGUUGUACCAGCUGUUGACCCUUUUAACCCUAAUGUCAAAAUUCAAAGUCUCAUUUGUUUUCCCCAUAAUUAUGUUUCUUUUCGAAGUAGUGGGAAGAAGUUGUUGAAAUAUCAACCAGAUUCAUCUUGUGUGGUCUUUUCCUUAAUUCCUUUCUCCGAUCUGUUUCUUAAAGCAUUUUGAUAUCACAAGGAGAAGUUUGCUUCUGAUCUCUUUGUGGGCAUAAAGGGUGUUAAAGUUUCCAUUCCCACAGGUCUAGAUGCCAAACUUUCUCUAACUGUCUCUAUAUGUAUAAUAACAGGAACCUUGGCAUAUUAUGAAGACACGACUGCAGUGUAUGCAAAGUUGUUUUUCUUGUUAAGAAAAGCACUUUUAUUAGAAGCUCAAAAGCCAAAUUCCUCGUCACUUGACCCUAUAACCUAUAUUCCUCAUCUGUGGUUAGCUGUUGAACUUAGCUGCCAGGAUUUUUCCACCUUUUCUCUUGGAGUAUAUUCAGCAGAACAGAUUUUUCCUAUUACUCAUUGUAUUUCUAUUCUAGAUUAAGGUUAAUGAAAUGGACCCUUAGUUUAAUUUGUACACUGAAUAGUUAUUGACACAGUGUGAUUGUUUUGCUGAUGCUGGUUGUUAUCUUUACUGCAGAUUUUCCCAAAGAAAGAGCACCAGUUGUUCUUGCUCCACUUCUUUACCCUGAAUCACAAGAUAUAUCACCAGAAAAGUAAAAUAUUUCUAUUCUACUAAAUAAAUUCUCUAUUUGCCAUUUUCACAUCUCCCAUAAUACACCUUCUAUUCUACUAAAUAAAUUCUCUAUUUGCCAUUUUCACAUCUCCCAUAAUACACCUUGUCUGUCGGAGGGGGGGGGGGGCCAGCAAGGUGUAUUGUAAACUCAGUGUGACAAAAACUUGUUACUGUGGCAUAAUUCAGCAGUAUUUCAAAUGUGUAUCACUGAUCAUCUUGAUAGGUGUACUGUCCUAACAAGUCUGAACAAUUAUUAAAGAAACUUGUAUUGUCAUAUUUAUUUACAGUAGAACCCUGACAAGUCGAACUCAGAUAACGCUAAUUCCCCGCUAACUCAAACUAAAUUUGAUUUUCCUUUCCCCUUCCUUCAGAUGCCAUCUGAUUAGUUCUUCUUGAUGUAUAACUGUAAAAACACUAAAACUAACUCUAGUCAGCACUACAACAAUUUGAUUUUAAUUGGUGCAACGAACAGAUCCCUUUUUAUCACUUAAAAUCUUUAUGGUUAAUCAUUUUACCGUUUCUGAUGAAAUAAGUUAGAUUUGCAAAAUCAGUUACUAUCAAUUUUUACAUUUUGGAAUUGAGACCAAUAACUUGAACCCUUGCUAACUUGAACUGUUUUUUGUCUCCCUUCAGAUUUUGAGUUACCAGGGGUCUACUGUAUAUUUAUUGUCUAUUGUUUAUUGGCAGUCUUCAAAUUCUUAUUAAUAGGUUUUUGACUUUUUUUGCAGCCUCAUUCCUGAACCUUUAAAUCUGUCCAAGAUAGUGGUAAGUCUACUUUUGAACCAUUGUAUUUUGCUGUUGGCUUAAAAUUUUGAAAUUCUAAAUCAGGAAAGUGAAUACUUCAGGAGACAUUUUGGUUUCUGAACAUAGGAAAGAGAAACCAGGAAGUUGAAAUUUAAACAAUGUGGAAAAGACCUUUUGACUAGUUCAUGCAAUAACAUCCCUUCAAGCAGCAAUAUAUAAUUUAACCAGUGACUUUUUGUAGAGAUGAUGACAGGACUUGCUGACCAAGUGGUUAGUGUAACAUGUGCCAACAAACUUCUUUAAUAUGUGGUAUAUGGGCAGUUAGAUUUUCUGUUCUGGGGCUUUUAAUACUACAAAGCAUUUCAUUUCUUACAGUACAUGUAGUAGUUAGUGAUGCUGUUGUGCAUAUAGUCAUAGAAUAUUCUUUGCCUUUUAGAUGGAGGAUGACUUAGCUGACCUUAUGAAAGAAAUAGGCUAUUCGUGUUGUUCAAGGUAUAUUUUUCUUUUGUCUCAUUAUGAUCAAACUGUAAUGUUAUGAUUAGUGUUGUUUAGUUUUGUUUGAUUUGUGUUUUCCCUUUUGUCAGAUAUUAUGAUGAUGCAUUUCAGAGACAAAGGAAUAUGAAAACUAAACUGCCAGUAGUUUCCAGUUGUGAAACAAAAGAAAAAAUUUAAGGCAGCAAUGCAAUAAUCGGAUAAUGAUUGCUAUCAUAUUGCUGUCAUAACAUGGAAAUGAGUUUGUUUUUUAAUAUUAAUGUAAAUGCCAUAACAAAGAAUGAACAUCAACCUCAGACAGUCAUUAUUCUUCUAUUUAUGGUCUUCAUUAUCGUUGUGGUUUAAAAACCACAGUUCCUCCCUUCUUUCCAAGUGCCUUAAGUAGAAAAAGCAGGGCUCCAAAUUGCGACUGACAUGGUCGCCAGACUUCUCUAUGAUUUAGAUUUAAAGUUAAAACAAACAUUUCAUCUUAUCUUGCUUUUUAAUUUGCUUUUGUCAUAAAAAAUGUGCCAAAUCUCAUAAACAAAGCCAGUUUAGCGCAAGAUUAGAGACUGCAGCUGUACUGGCCUUAGGUCUCUAUCUAAAUCAUAGAGGUACCCAUUGACCCUUUCACUCCCAGGCCAAGUAAUUGUGAGAGUAUACAAUGUAUGCAUCACCCUCAACAUUAAAAUCUGUAGGUGAAACCCUGUGUUGUUACCAUUCAAAUAAAAUCUCUUGGGCAGAACUUUUGUUUAGUACUAAACUGUAUCAUAGGAAAAGGUUUGAGGGAGAGUUUUUUGAACAUUGUAUAUAACAGGGGUAUGUUCAGGCCGGGUGAUGUAAAUUUCUUUUCUUGUUCCAGUGUUGAUGAAUGUAAAGAUACUUUGAUCCAGUUUGGUGUUCAAGAUAUCACCCCAGCUGCUGUGGCCAGGGUUGUUGGUGAGGAAAUUCAUUUGUAUGUAAUCCUUUAAGCCCCAAUAUCCACAUACAAAUUCUCCAAACUGAUCUCUAUACAUUUUCUUAAAAAAUGUGUUGAGAGAAUUUGAUAAAAGAUCAAGGCAUUUUCUCUUGGUGACCAUUUUAUUAAUUCUGAUAACUUUUUCUCUUGAUGAUGUAUGGAUAUCAUUAGGAGACAAUUGAUGUUGGUCACCAUUAUUGGGACUUAAAAGGUUAAUGGUUUAACAUUUAUUUUGUACAUAUACGUGUCAAAUCAAUAACUACUAAUGUUGUUUUGCUCUGUCUUUCUGUUAGGAAUGAUGGUUAAGACUGUUUAUGGACUCCCUGAACAUGUCACUAUACAGGUAAAAAUGAUGUAAUUAGUACAUAAGGUCUCUGUAGGUUAGACUCCGUUGAAACCAAGGAUAAUUGGUAUGUUGGCUUAUACAGAGUCAAUAAAAAGGACUGAAAGACAGCAGGGACAAUGUUCAUCCUUGGGUGUGUUUUGUGCAAUUCUAAUCUAAGAGGUUCUUUUGAUAAUAUCUUCCUUUCGUUUUCUAUGAAAGUAGCCAGGGGUAAUGCUGAAGGAAACCAGGGAAGCCAGCCGUUGAUGGGAACCCUGGGAAAAAAGGGUCUCUGGCAUUACACAUAGCUGGAAAUCAAACUCUAAGAAAGCUCAGUGUAUCAUAUUCUUCUCUGUUAUGCCACCUGCGUUACUUCUAUCAUCUGUGUGGUUCUUAGCAGAGGAUGCUGAAAGGCAGUGUGGUUUUAGUAUUAAUGUCCCCUUCAUUGCAAAUGAAUAACUGAAAUCACUCUCCUUAUCACUUUUUCAUUUCAUAAUUGAUUAGUUUUUAUGUGUCAUUAUUUUCCAGAACUAUGGCAGCAGCUCAGUUUCUUUGGACAAACUGGGUCUCAGUGAACUGACCCCUGGCCCUGCUUCAUGGAAUGUUGAAGUGUUUGUCCAGGCUCUCAAAGAAAUGGUAUGCAAUUGACUAUUUCAACAUAUUAACUGCAGAAGGUUUAGAUCAGUAACUAAUGAUAGGGUGCUAAAUUGACCAGACCUGGCACUCCAUAAUCAUGUGGUGAGUGCCAGCUUUCUGUGCCAUCCUUGUUAUUUAUUAAGAACUUCAAGGGACCAUGUCACAGCUGUCUAGCUCAUUCUGUGAAUAAAUCCAGUUACGCAUCCUUAUUUGCUAUGGAAAUAGGCCUUUUGCGUUAGUUGAUCAUGUGAUCAACUUUCGGUAAACACAAAAACAGUUCACUUUUGAAAACUUUUGUUAGCACAAGCUGAAAGAGCAUAUUCCAAUUUGGUGGCCUGUAAAUUUUCAGCCAUAUAUCUCAAAAGUAGCGAUUGUAAUGGCCGCCGGAAAUUAGAAGGAUUUGUAUGAGAAAAACAACUCUUGUCACCCAUUCAUGCUUGGGUGGUUUUCCAUCCAACCCCUUGUAAAUUCUGAAAUUUUUAAAACAUUUGGAGUAAGAACUGUUUAGUCAUGAGACUAAUGUAAUAUUGAUCCUCUGUAUUUUAUUGUAAAGAUUCCAUUGCUAAGUUGGCGUCAGGUGAUCCAGGAACUAGACUACCCUGAAUUCAACGUUCCAAGCCGUGAAGGUCUGCAGCUACUGUUUACUGCUUGCCACAGAGGGUUGAUGGAGAUAUUCCCAGUAGAUGUUUUGUAUAGAUCAUGGACCAACACAGAGGGACAGGUAAUAUUUUGCCUUUUGUUUGUUACUUUUUCAACUUUUCCUUUAUCUUUCCCCUGUUCCUGUAAUACAAUUCAUAAUUUUGCUUAAAUCUCCAGUACCCUUCUUCAGCUAUCCACCAAAAAAUUCUGGAAAUUCUUUCCAUCAGUCAAAUCUUAUUUAAUUUUACCUGUAGCAAGAUUCUACAGAAUCUACAAUAACAUUCAUUGAAUUUAACACUCAAUUAUUGCAGAAUGAGAACUUUUAGUUUAGAACUCUUUUGUGUCUCUAUUGUAUAUUGAUUCUUGUAUGUUUGCAGUGUAUCAUGGAAAAAGCUUUGUUUCUGUCUUUUUUUUUUGGGAGGUUUCCAUCAAUUGCUUAUUUGAUAGCCUGGAGUCUGGAAAAAGAAAUAGUUUUGGAAAAAGACUGGAAAUUGUCUUAAAUUUUGCAUCCCAUGAUUGUAGGAACCCUGAUCUUAAAAGUAUCACUUUCCAUCAAAUAUGAGUCAAAGAUGUUUGUUCUUUAUUCCAGCUGUCCUGGAUCCAGCAGAUCCUGUCCAAUCCUGGUAUUUUCUGUUUUGCUGAUUAUCCUUGUCACACGGUAGUGAUAGAUCUGCUCAAAACUGUACCAGAAGAUGAUAAUAGAGAAAUAUCUACAUGGUAACUAUUAAACAUGUCUGUUUAUGGCUGUUUUGUAGGCACAAUCUCAAGGCCUGGUUUCCAGGGCUGUCAAUAAGAUUUCAAUUUGUUGGCUUCAAAAUGUGUUGAGUCUCUCUUAACGUACACCUAGAGUUGGCCCCUGUCUUUCUUUACUCCUUCUAUUUGACUAUCUGUAAAGAAGACAUCUUUGUAAGACAUACACUUUGCAGUGAUUUUGUUACAAAUAGUUAUGGUGAGUCCUGGGACUCAUCUUGUGAAAAAUCAUGAGUCCCUCUCCAUAACCAGUGAGUCCCAGUUCAAAUAUACAGCAAGUCCUAAAUUGAAAAUGCUUUAUGUAACCAGACAGCUUUUCUGGAGACAGACACCAAAACUUUUUAUUACAGUUUACUGAAAUUGAAAUAAUUUUCCUUCAUGUAUUAAAAGCACAAAAAGGACAAAAAUAAAUAUGCGUUUUUAAACAACAGCCACAGAAAUUACACAAACAGGAUAUUCAACCAAAAUCUUCAAUUGAUCGUUCUUUGCAUCCUAUGGGACUCAUUUCAAACAACAAAACAUCACAAAACAACAAAGUUUACUUCAAAAAUAAGCAUCCUAAACAGCAAGUGAUCUAAAAAUUAGCAUACAGCAUAAGGAUCAAACAUUAACAAUAGCAGCAUGAACAAGUGUUUUGAUAAUGAUAUCCAUGCAAGUACAUUAAUUUUAUGCUACUGCUGGUUAAGGUUCUUUUGUUUUCUUUGAUAUUGAUCUUGGUUUGUAUCAGUUUGCUCUGCUCAGGUUGUCCAUGAAAUGAUUUUAAUAUCAUCAAUUCCAUUGUAGGAAAUCCCUGAACUUGUCCGAAACAUUGUUGCGUUUGGCAGAAGCAGGUCACUACGAGACAGUCAAAUCCUUGUUCAGUUUUCCAAUGAAGCAUUGUCCAGAUGUUUUGCUACUUGCUUUGCUGCAGAUUAAUGUAUGUAGCAUGUGUUAUGAGGUAGUUUAAGAUUUUACAAUGGCGAUGGCAGCAAAAAUGUCAUUUGUAAAUGGAUUUGCCCUAAUUGUCACUUUAUUGCGAUUAUUGCAACUUACAUAAUUCGUCAACUGCUGGUGAAUUCUCUGGGUGAUGGGUUUGUAACGACCUCGUUCAAUUUCAGAAAGAGAAAGAAAAAGUCGCUAUUAUGUGUUUACCUCCUAGACAAUACAUCAAAUUAGCUAAUUUCACAUCGUAGUCAUGCAGUGAUGGCAAAGAAAUGUACCAAAAAGUGUAACACAUGUGCAGAGUUGUUGUUUUGCCAAAUAAAACUUAUUUCUUUUUUGACGUUCCUCUUGCCGUUGCCGUCAUGACAUCUUAAACUACCUGUUACGUCUGUAUGCCUACACAUGUCCUGAGAGAAGUUAAUGGAGAAAACAUUAGAAAUCUGGGUGGCUUCUGGGUCCUCACUGGAUUUUCUCUAUUCAAAACAUCAGCAUACAGUUAUUUGGGUUUUUUACCUUGUGUAACCGUAAUAAUAAUUAUAUUGUCCUUUUUUUCAUCGUUAACAAGGAUCAGAAUGACUUGUUAUUCCUCCCAGCUCCUAUUCUAAUUUUGAAAGUAUUUUGCCUCCAAAAAGUGUCCUACAAUCAUGUAUAUGUAUUAGUGAUCUUUAAGAAAUUUUCUUUUAUACUGUUAACAUAGACAAAGAUCAGGAUAUUAUUCACCCCUCUUUAAUUAGAAAGUUUUGUUGCCUUAAAAAUAGUAACCUAUGCCUGAGUGUAGAGUGAUCUUGAAAUUACAAACGCUGCUAUUGCAGACCGGGCAAACACUAUGACAGCCCACCUUGGAAAGAAGUUGUUCUAUACCUCCAGUAUUUUCUUGAUUUAUAUAUGAUUAUAUCUGGUUACACUUUUUAUUAUAUGGCUACAAUAGUAUGCGCACUCUGAUUGGCUGCUAAGCGGGCAUUAUUUUCUUUUAAUGACUGGGCAUUACUAGCUAGGUGUUCAAGGCAUAUACAAUCUGUGUUUAACUUGAUAGUGGACAUCCUUAUGGACUUCCAUGUUAAUUGGUCAAUUGACAGCUGUCAAGAAAGGGUGUCUACUGACCAGUGUUACAUGACUGUAUUGGGGGCUCAAGUGUACAACUCAUUGAGGUGACGUGUUUUUUAAAGUUAUCCACUGACCAGUUAUUGGUUUUAAUUGAUCGCAGGCUCAGGUACAUAAAGAAAAGGCCGUAUGAUAAAUAAUUUAUUUAGCUCAUCCGUUCAGUCAUUACAGGCAAAUCUCAGACCUCGGCCUUGAUGUAUUGACCUCGAUAUCCCUUGGUCAAUACAUCAAGGCCUCGGUCUGAGAUUUCCCUUUGAUGACCUCUCUCUUGGUUAGUAAGUGGUAUAAUUAUAAUGAUGUGCUUUAUUGCAGCCUCUCUGGCAUUCCCUGCGCAAUGAGUUAGUAUCACAGCUAAUCCCUGUGUUUCUCGCUAACCAUCCUAACUCAGGCAGUGUACUGCAUUAUGUAUGGCAUGGACAGGUCAGUAUUUUAUUCUGUACAUUUUAAACCUUACCAACCAAGCUGCCGGUUUUAUUGGUGACGUCUUUCAUUUUUUUCACCAACUUUGUGUAUUUAUUGGUUUGACAAUCCCUUUAACAAAUUAAAAGCUUUUGAAGUACUGGUUUUUCAGUUUUUGCUCUAGGAAUUUUAUGCAACUUUUUGUUUUAGUUUCCUGCACAGUUUUGUUUUCCUUUUGCAAAUGUGUCACUUUGUUUGUUGCUGUUUUUUUUUUUCCAAUAUUACUAUUGUUUUGUGUUUCAUUUUGAAAAGGUACAAAUAGUGCAUAAUUUUGAAUCAGUUUCAAGGAUAUAAAAUAUUGAUAUGUUUUUUGACAACCAGAAUGACAUUUAAGAAUGUACCCAUUUUGAUCUUUGAAGUCUGUGGUUCUCAGUUUUCAAUGAAUUAAGUGGGGGUCAUCAUUUUAUAUAUUUUUGUAUUUCAUCAGGCUCCAAUGCCCCACCCCUUACCCUGAUCACAGUAGUACAGAUUAUUAGACCUCGUUACAAAACUGAAAAGUGUUCAGUGAUCUAAUUUGAUUAUUUAUUGAGAUGGAGACCAGCCUUAUGCUAGGAGUGAAGGCUUUCUCACCAUUACUGCAAUUGCCUGGCAUUUGUUGCCAUCAAACAAUCACUGCAAUUGCUGAACAAAAUCUUAGCGAUCACAUUGAAAUUAAUUGUUUUGCAAUUAUCACCUAAUAUUGUCUUUCCUUGUUGUAUGAGGUAAAAAAAUCAUCUCAGUAACUGUUGUAUUUUCACUUCACACAGGGUCAGUCAGCAUCAAUUCGUCAGCUGGUGAUGCAGGCGAUGGCUGAGUGGUAUGUUAAAGGUGACAUGGACCAGGGACGCCUAUCAAGAAUAUUGGAUGUAGCUCAAGACCUCAAGGUAACAAUCAGCAAUAUCUAGGAGCUUACCAUUGUUUUUGCUCACUUAACUACACAAAUUGUAAAUUAAUUUUCUUGAAAACUGUUGCAAAUAAUUUGUACAAGAUAGUGUCUUCAUUUUUUCACUUUACUGAAGAACAAAGCCUCUUGUUUCAGUGCUUUUGUUACCUCAAGAAAUUUUAUAAGAAGCCACACACUGAUACCACAAAAACUCCCUCAGUACAAUAGUAGAAAAUACUCUUUCAAUGACACCAUUGUUGUCUAUCAACAGUUUGAACUUGUCUUUCAAUCUCAAAGGCCAAAGAUCAGCCUUUAAACGGCUGAGUCAUUUUAUUUAACUUGUCUUUCUUGUUUUUUCUGUAGGCAUUAUCAAUGCUGUUGAAUGGUUCUCCAUUUGUGUUUGUCAUUGAUCUUGCUGCCCUGGCAUCACGCCGAGAAUAUCUUAAACUGGACAAAUGGUUAAGAGACAAGCUUAAAGAACACCAGGUAACCUCCUUCUUACACAACUUUGUGAUAAACACAAAGGUGAACUUGAGCAAUACUAUUAUGGUUACCACAGGUCAGGAAAUGGUUAGGGAGAAAAUAAUAAUUCUUCAAGGUCAGGAAAAAGUCAGGGAAUUUCACUUUAUGUCUGGGAAAAUUUGAAUGAAGUCAGUGAAAAGGCAAAUUUUAAGAGUACAUAAUUUUUUUUUCUUUUCCCUCUACUUUUAGUGUUUUCUAAGAUUUAAAAUUCUUUUGGACAUUUUGCAGACAUGAAUCAUGUUGUAUUGGCAGAAUAUUGUGUGUGAAAUUGAACAACAAGCUGAUGUUAGGUUUUCAAGAAAUUCAAUCCUGUUUGCAAGUUUUGAACCAAUGCCAAUUUUGUCCUGACAAUAUAAAUACCUAAUUAAAAGAAAAGUUUAUGAGAAUAAAUAAAAAUAAUGAUGAACUAAGGGAAAAUGCAUUGAUCUUUGAACAAAUUCUCUCAACCUAUUCUGUAAGGAAAUGUAAGGGGAUCAGUUGGGAGAAUUUGUUUGUGGAUAUUGAGGCUUAAAUGUUUGAGGAACUAUCAAAUCAUGUACACUGCACAUGACUUAAUGAGAGCAUGAAUAAAUGGGUGGAGAGGAUGGCUUUGAGGGGAAAAGUUGAGUUCAUUAUCACAGCUAAUUUGUGAAAUGGUUAAUUCAGUUGAUCAGGGAAAUGUUACCUUUGUCAGGAAAACGUCGGGGAAUUUCCGAAACCUCUGGCUGUGGCAACUAUUUAUAAAGUAUAAUUAUUUUCAUUUUCAGGAGGAGUUUGCCCAAGCUUGCGUCUCAUUCCUUAGGCGACGCUGCCCCCAUCUGCUGGGUGUGUCCUUGGAUAAGGAGUUACCAAAGAGUGUUCAGCUACCACAGGAGACAGUUGUUACUGUGUUGUCUUGUCUUCAGUCUUUCUUGGGGUGAGGAUAAAUAGGACUCUUUUAUACAGUUGAAUAUCUGCUUAUCAUGGGUAAUUUAUGUGCUCCCAAAGAUAACAUACUUUGUACAAUCCUACCUCCUUAAUAGGGUUACAUGUAAAUUAGACCCUUCGGUCUGCCACUGUGGUGUCCUUAUGCUUAUGGUAUAGCCAGUAACUUGCUCUUAAAUGGUCGGCGUUUAAAAUAGUGAUGAAAAGGAGCUCAGAAUUUGAGGGAAUGAAUCAUUGCCAUGCAAGCCUUUGAGAACCUACAUGUGCUGAUGUUGGGUGGUGGAGUUGUGUUGGGUUUGUUUCCGGUUUCAAAGAACUCAGAGAAUUCUUUGAGAAACAUUGAUGACUUUGGAAGAAAGACAAGACAAGACUAACACCAUACAAUGGAAAUAUCUAAUGAAAACUAGAACACAAUAAGAGCAUAGUGGAAUGACGUAGCAUGCAGAAAAAUGAAAAGAAGACAAGAACCCCUAUGAACAAACUUACGUACAAAGAAAACUGUCAAGAAAAAAAAAGAAAAAAAAGAACCUUAUACCUUUUAGCUGCAAGCUAGAGAUACAAGGCGGUUGCUUCUUGCUUGUGUAUGUGUAAUAAGCAAAUUGUCAGACUUCCCUAGCUGAUAGCUAUUCUUUAUGAAACUGGAAAAAUUGAAAAUUCCUGUCUCAUUUGCCAGGUCAGGUAGAGUUCUCCUUCUACCUUAAACUCUAACAAAGGGGAAAUUUGAAAAAAAUGAUGAUGUCCCUUAUUGGACAGCAUUACAUGUAUGAGUAAAGCAAUGCAAAAUCAAUUUUUUUUUGACAAUGCAGCCAAGCAUCUCCUGAGUUGGCUGAAAUCAUCACCCAAAUGAUAACAAAUCAUGGUCCUCUGGUGAAAGCUCGGCCAAGUGCUGCUGUGGUAGGGAUUCCAUUCAAGAGACAGGGAAGUUUGGAUGGAGGACAGCUACCAUCAAGUCUGUCUUCCCAGGUUGUUAACAUUUAUUUUGGUAGAACUAAAUCUAUCUAACCUUUGUUUUUGCUUUGAGAUUUAAAGUUGAGUUUCAGAGUUUUUUAGGUGAAAAUUAGACUUCUGGGCUCUUAGAAAUUUUCUUUUUUGACACUUAAAGGGGCUGGGUCAUAGAAGAUGAGUUGAUUUUGUUUUAAUUUUGCCAAUUAUUGUUACAGCACUUUUCAAAAAAUAAUGUAACUGGUGCUGUUCCUUCUUUUGUAUUUGCUCUAUUAAUUUAUUGCUCCUUUCAUGUUGUAAGUUGGUAUUAUUGUUCUUGUUCAGUUUAGUGCAGGGAUUGGCCAUUUUUUAUGACAUAUUUUAGCUCCUUUAACCCUUAAAGCUCAACCAGCCUGAGUGAAAACUACAUGGGUAACAAGCAGGAGCCCAACUCAGUUCUUGCUUAGAUAUCCUGUCAUAAAGUGCAGGUUAUAUGGUUGAAUUCUGAGAGUAGAAUAUUGGUGGUAGGUUAUAGGGUAGGUUAUUGCAUAUAUUAUAUCUUUUUAAUAGAAUUGAUGUUCUUUCUUUUAGCUUGAUCCACUUACCGGGCUCAGCAUGCCUUCAUCAUCCCUCCCAACAACCCCAGCCACACCUACCUCACAGCUGCCCUCAUUCCCACCACACCCCCUAACUGGCAAUGUACUAGGAUCCUCAGGCAGUCUUGGAGCUGUUGGCAGUAUAGGUUCAGGUCUAUCUUCACAGGCCAUACAGAAGCCACUGUCACAACUCGGGCAACUUCCCCUUAGUACCCCAGCCUCAUCAAGUUCAGGUCUUCAUUCGCCAAGUUUCAGCUCGUCGCAGAACCCCUUGCUACAGCAACUUCACCAGGCAGGCAGUUUAGGGCAGCCCAUGGGUGGAGCUGCAAUGGAUAAUGCUCGUUUGUUGGCUGGUCUUGGAAUCCAGAAGCAGCUGGGAGGCAGUUCUCUGUUGCAGCAACAGCAGCAGCAAAGUGCACUUUUGUCCCAGUCUAGAAACCAAGCUGAAAAGUUACGCACAGGUAUUUUUUACUGUCACAGCCUUUGUAUUCAGUGAAAAAACUUUGGGCGCUUACCAAAAGUUGGAACUGGCCAGCGGGACAGGUCAUAUUGGCAAAUUAAAUUUUGGUCUUUUCUUGAAAUUAGUAAGUUCUGACAAAUGGUAAGCAUUCUUGCCUAUGUUUCUGGAAUAACCCCUUCAACUGUCAUUGGCAGAUAUUGUUAUAAUCUCAGACCUCAACAAGUUAAGUCUGUGCAACUCAGACACAAGAUGCAUGCUCACAAUAAUAUUUGACUGUGGCUUUAAUGGCUCAAGGGACAUGCAUUAUGUCGUAGCGAUGAUACAGGGGUUAUUACUGAAAUGUUUCGUCCACUAAACUCAACACGACUACAAAUGCUUUUUAAAAUAUAGUUUUAUUACCAUAGGCACAGAAAUCUUAGCUUGUAGUCUAUAAUGCUACAUACAUGAUGACGUCCUUGAAUUGUGAUAAAGUGUUCUCUAUAAACUGAAAAAGCUGAGUUUCUUCUUCUGUUGUUGUCAGCAUCAACAGCUGAUGUAUCUCAAGUAUGGCCAGGGAUGGAUCAGUCAUUUACAAAGGAAGUUGAAGAUGAGGCUAAUUCGUACUUCCAAAGGAUUUACAAUCAUCCUCCCAAUCCUACAAUCAGUAUUGAUGAGGUGCUGGAAAUGCUUAAGAAGUUUAAAGAUUCACCUGUUAAAAAGGAAAGGGUAAGCACAAGAUUUCCUUAUCAUUUUAAUACAGCCAGGAGCCCAAGAGUGCGACCGCUUUUAAUUUAUUCAUAUUCUUUCAUACAGAUUUAAUCCAAUCAGAAGCCAGCUGGAAACUGUACUCGACUUCUGAUUGGUUAAUGUCUGCAUGAAAGAAUGUGAAUUAAUUGCGGUAGAGGAGGUCACACAUUUGGGCUCCUUACUGUAAUAGAUAUCUUUAGAUUCUAAGGCGAGGAUGACUACAAGAGCAAGAUUUUCUCAAUACCAGUAUUUUGCAUGCAUGAACCAGCCUUAUUUUGGACUGGAAAACGUUAUAGCAGAUAGCAAGCUAUGAAAUUUUAGUAGUUGUAUCAUUUUGCAAUCAGAAGAGAGCUCGACCUCCUUCAAUAAAAAUAACUGUGUUUACUUUUCUGGUGAAAAAAGUAAAAUGAAGCUAUCCAGGGUGUCUGUUUUUAGAGAAUAUUUGAAAAAAUUUCAAAUCAAAUCUCAUCCUCAAAGUCUUCCUCAUCCUUAGAUCUUAAGGUCUCCAAUAGGCCAUUUCUGAGUCGCCUCAAGCCUCUGUUUCAAAGCGAGGCUAAGUGCAAUACGUUGUUUUUGGAUGUAAGAGAAUGUGUUAUUAUUCUGGUGGCUUUUGUUGGGGUUCCUUUGUAUCACAGAGUCUCCUAAGUGGGUUUCGUGUUGUAUUUUCACAUGUUAAUUUCCUAUCCUAUCCCAUUACUCAACAUACAUGUAACAUAUCAUACUCACAAUUAUUUUCACUUUUCUUUUUACAGGACAUAUUUUUGUGCAUGCUUAGAAACCUGUUUGAAGAGUACAGGUUUUUUCCACAAUAUCCAGACAAAGAACUUCACACAACUGCGUGCCUGUUUGGUGGAAUUAUUGAGCAAGGUUUAGUAACGUAAGUUGUAUGAUAUUUUGGUAAAAUAUUUUGAAACUACGUGUAGCAGUGCUUUUUUUUUCUGAUUUCUUUCUUUACUCUUACUAAGGCUGUUUUGUGGACUCAAUUCUUUUUCUUUUUGAAAUGCUUCCAAAUGGAACUAUGCCUACUACAGUCAUUGAUGCACCUAAAUUUUCAGCACUGACAACUGCUUUCCAUGGCAAGUCAAUGUUUUAGUUUCGUGUAUAAGCCAAGUCAUAACUAAAGAAUUGCUCUACUAGAUAAGAAUCUGAGUGCAAAAGGUAGUGAAUUUCUGUAAAUUGAUCCCUAAGGCAAAAAAUAUCACUGGGAAACUAUUUUUCAGUUCCAAGACAGUAGCUAUUCAGUACCAGAAAUGAUCGUUUUCGUGAAAUCCUUAGGCUUGCAAGUGAACAAAACUUUUGAAAAUUACAGCAAUAGUCACUAAUUUGGCAAACUGUGCUCAGCAGUCAUGUGCCAAGCGGGAGUGUUUAUUGUAAUAUGGUCUUUUUAAUGUAAACUAAAGUGGGAUAAAAAUGUUUUACAUGAAUUUUAUUUGGGCUACAAUUCAUCAAUGUACUCUGUUUGUCGGGGUUUAAAGCCCUGAGAUGUUUUGUGUUCCUACAAAUUUGAUUGCAUUUUCGUUUUUUCAAACCCUUCAUGUAAUUGAACAAAUUGCCCUUUUCCUGUGCACCAAUCUUUAAAGUCUGUCAACUUUUAAAAAAGUUUACCUUGAAGCACUGCUGUGGCAACUAAAGCUUUAAAAUUUGCCUCCACUCUCAAUUUUUUUUGGCACAAAGUGCCUCCUAAAGUCAUGAAUUCCUGCCCUAAAUGAGACUCUGUGUCUUGAGAUAUGGCAUUUUUUGCUGCUUGAACCAAAACAUCGUGUAUUUUUUAUUUCAGGUAUAUGGCUCUUGGAAUUGCACUGCGCUAUGUACUAGAGGCUUUGAGAAAACCAUUUGGCUCUAAGAUGUAUAUGUUUGGAAUAGCUGCUUUGGAUCGUUUCAAGACAAGGUAAAUUCAUUUUACUGUAAGAGCUGUAACAAUGCGAGGGGGUAAUCGUUGAGGAAAAUAGCUGUUUCAUUCUCCGAUGGCUUAGUUUUUGUCCGAGUGAUCCAGGGGCAUUUGGAACUUCUUGUUCUUUUCGCUUUUAAUUGACACUAAUAUCUGAAGAGAAGAAUACUGCAUGCUUGCUGUGCAAACUUUAAACUGCUAGUAAAUGUGGGAUGCAUUUUCAUACUUGUUUCACUCAUUACUUUUUUGAUCUGCCAUAGGUAUGAUAACCCUGUUAGUGAUUUGCCAAGGAUUACCCUUUUUUUGAGUGUGGAAACGCCCCGUACUACAUGUUAAAUAAUUAUAGUACUUUACAGCACAUACUUCUAAAAGAACUGCUGUCUAGGGGAGUUUAUAGCAAUACUGUUACUACUGAACACUAGUGAAAAAAAAUCUAUUCACAAGUUUCAUGUCCUAGAGACUUUAUGUCACAAGACUGCAACAUUAUUGAUUCUGUUUCCUUUCAUAGGAUUCUAAUGGUUUUGUGAAUUUUUUGUCUAAAGGAAUUAAAGUUCUGCUGAACAUUUCUCCGGAGUCGAAAUAAUGAUUCCUGGCGCAAAUAUUCUUAGGGCUCACGAAUAGAAAUUGGUUUUGGCAUUAAACAUGUAAAUAUGACAGAGUUGGGUUUUACUUGCUGGUAAUUACACUGUGGUUCAGCAUGGAGAACAACAAUUAUUUAUUCUUUUGUAGGCUUAAAGACUAUCCUCACUACUGUCAGCAUCUUGCAUCAAUUCCACAUUUCAUGGAGUUUCCACCUUCCUUGAUAGAGUUCAUUGAAUAUGGACAACAGUCCAGGGAGCCGUUGUUAGCAGGAAGAAAUAUUCAGGUUAACAAGAUAAACAUUUUCAUUGAGUUUAUUCCACAACCAGAAAAUUCAUUGGUAGAGAUUGAACUAAAAGUCUCUAAUAAUAAUAAUAGAAAUAAUAAUAAUAAUAAUAAUAAUAAUAAUAAUAAUAAUAAUAAUGAUAAUAAUAAUAAUAAUAGUAAUAAUGAUAAUAAUGAUAAUAAUACAGCACUGCUUGGUAGAGCUAAUAUCCUGUGAAAGGUGUUUUCUGUCUGCGGUCAUUGACUUUAUAGAGAGAACAAUUUAUGACAAGAGCUCCAGUAUUAAUGUGCAUUCAUGUGAGAAGUAAAGGAUAAUAAUCAUAAUCAUAAUCACACUGCUACAGUAGGGGUGCCCUUGCAAUGGAAUAGCAUUCCAUCCAGGGGUCAAUUUAAUAAAACGUUUUCAAGUGUUAUUUACAAGUGUAGCUAUUGUUUUCAGACCCUAAAACAAUGGCUACACUUGUAAAUUACUCUUGUAAAAGUUUUAUUGUAUUGACCCCAGGGGUUGAUUUAAUAAAACUUUACAAGUGUAAUUUACAAGGGUAGCUAAUGUUUUAGGGCUCUAAAACAAUCGCUACCGGCACUUGUAAAUUGCAUCUGUAAUUUAAGUUUUACUAACUUGACACCAGGGGAGCAGCAAUACUUCUAGGUGUCAUGUACGAUCAAACCCGGGAUGAGCUUUGCCUGUGUGAGCACCAUUUGCGGCUGGCAGUACAACUUUGCCUAAAUUAUCUUUGCAAGGUUAGAUUACUGAAAUUUAUGAUCAUGUGUUGCUCUCUUUCCAGGAACCACUGACAUCACGGCUUCUCAACCGUGCAACACCCACCCUGGCAAGUGUGGCAGGUACUUCAACCUUUACAAGCACACCAGCUAGUCGCUCCGUGCCGCUGGGUCCAACAAUCCCCUUGGGGCCAUCUGCUCCUCUGGCUUCCUCUAUUCCUCCAGCACCUACUGUAACUUCUAAUAGCACUGUUGUAUCUUCAGCUAAAACUACCACUGUUCCAGGUAGGUCU